CAUUGUAACAGUUGGUUGCUUAACAAUUGAUUUAGAGUUUUUUUUCUAGAGAGAAAGAUGCUCUCCCUAAUGAAAAGUAUUGUUAUAUUUGUUUUCGUAAGUUUGCUAGGCUUCACUAUUGCUUUCAAUUGCGACGGAGAGCCGUCUUCGAGCGAAGGUAAACUGCUAAAAAAGCUGUUCUGCUACAACUAUGACAAAACGGAGCGGCCUGUAAAGAACUAUAGUGCAGCUGUAAAUGUUUCGAUGAACGUUCACGUACAAAAUUACGACUUGUAUGAACGAAAAUCUACUCUCACGGCAUUCGUUUGGAUGAGUACAUCCUGGAAAGACGAGUAUCUAACCUGGGACCGUAUGGAGUAUGGGAUAGACAAGUUGAUUAUCGAAUCAAGUGAAAUAUGGACACCAACAAUAAUCCCUUUCAACAACUACAAAAGCACAGAAGCAGCAUGUUCGAACCACCGCUGCGAGGUGAAUCAGUUUGGGAAAGUAUUCUGUGUCCCACCUUGCCAGUAUGAAGCCUUUUGUGUGAGCAACACCGCUAAUUGGCCGUUCGACACACAGAACUGUUCGUUAUCUCUGGGCACCUGGGUUGAGGAUCAAGAGAAGAUAAAAAUCAACGAAAAUACCGAUAUAACGACAUAUUACAUCGCAGUACCGCAUUCGGAAUGGAAAAUGAUUUCUGCUAAUGCCAAACAAACUAUAUAUGAUAACGAUACUUAUCCUACAGUAGAAUAUACAUUUCUGCUCGAACGACACAUAGCCAUAUAUGGAGCUAUUCUAACACCUGGUUUUAUCAUGGCUUUACUGAACAUGGGUAUACUUUGGAUGAGCUGCGUCAGCUCUGAGCGACUCUACAUUCUAUGCGGAACAUGUUUGGGCCACUUCAACUAUUUGGUAUAUUUGUACUGGCGUGUUCCUUAUCAUGGCGUUUCCGUUCCAAAACUGCUGAUUUUCUUUCGCGAUUCUCUUUUGAUAAAUGUUGCGAUACUGACAUUCACUAUCAUGCUGAGGCACAUGCGUCUGUCAACCGGAAACUCGAACAGCUUUUUUGAUAAGCUGGCUAUCAAAGUAGCGUCAACCAACGUGGGAAGCAUAUUACUUCAAUCAGAACGUGUGGAUAUCGACAACAAAGAAGAGAAUGAUAAUCAUGUUGAAUCGAAUGCAGAUGGGGAUACAGUUAAUCUAGUGGUUGAGGCAACGGAAGUCAAGACUGCCAAUUGCACUAGACAAGCCGUUGUUGUAACCUUCUUGGACAGGAUCCUUUUCGUUUGCUGCCUGCUUAGCUAUAUCUUGAUGCUGUUCAAUCUACUACCAAGUGAAUAUGGAAAAAAUAUGAGCAUUUGAUGCAACAGAAUAGAUAUAACAUAGCGGGAACCAAAACUCGUUUGGUGCCAGGUAUUAUGGUUUCCAUUCUGUACCCUUAUCCUUCACUUUGAAUGCUCCCUGCGCAACAUUGAUGACGCUGAUUCCAAUUCCAAUUGGAAUUGAAAGGAUAAUCGAUCGAGUUGGGAAUAUAAUAAACUAAUACGAGUGUCAAGUACCUACACUGACAAAUAAGCAUAAAUUACAAACAAUACAUUGACAAAUAAGCUAGUUUUUGGUUGUUUUCAUCAGCUCAACCUCCUAUAUUUAUU